AUGCAAGUUCUUAUGUCCCUUUUACACACCAAUGAUUAUGUCUAUGAGUUUACUACAGGUGAUUCAAAUGAGUUAGAAAAUUUAUUCUUCGUUCAUCCAACGUCUUGGAAGAUAUGGCGUGCACUUCCACAUGUGUUGAUAAUAGAUGCCACGUACAAAACCAACAAAUAUAAUAAGCCGUUGGUUCAAAUUGUUGGUGUGACAUCAACUCAAAAGACAUUCUCUAUAGUCUUUGCCUUUAUACAUAGAGAAAAGGAGGCCAACUAUACUUGGGUGUUAAAUUGUCUAAAUUCGACGCUUGAUACGUGUAUGCACCCACGUGUAAUAAUCACAGACAGAGAGUUGGCACUCAUCAAGGCAUGUGAAACAAUUUUUCCGGAUGCUGCCCGAUUACUUUGUAGAUGGCAUAUUGAACAAAACAUUUUGAAGCAUUGCAACAAAAUGAUCACGUUGGAAGAUGAUCGACGCUCUUUUAGAUCAUUAUGGAACUUACUAAUUGAUUCUCCAACAUUGAUGGAUUACACGGAAAACUACAUGCGACUUCAAUUAAUGUUGAUAAAAUAUCCACGUGUUUUGAAAUACAUAGAAGAUACUUGGUUGAACAAGUACAAAGAAAUGUUUGUAUCUGUUUGGAUUGAUCAACAUCUUAAUUUUGGAAACAACACAACCAAUAGAGUCGAGAGUGCACAUGCCAAUUUAAAGAGAUUUUUGGACUCUGCAAGUUCUAAUCUCGAUAGAUUUGUGCAACGAGUUAAUGAAAUUAUGCAGUCACAGCUUACUUCGAUCAAUGAAAGCUUUGAAAAAAGCUUAAUUUUCCGAUAUAAGCAUCACAAUUUGUACUGCUUCGGGUUACUAAGAGGUUUUGUUUCGAACGAAGCUCUUGAUAUAAUUGUAGGAGAGCUCCAAAGGUUAAAUGCGUCAAAGUUGGACUCCUCAAAUUGUGGUUGCAAACUCCAUACCAGUUGUGGGUUACCAUGUGCUUGCAUGCUUUCUGUUUACUUAAACUCAGGUGAAGAAAUACCCUUGGAUUUAAUAGAUAUCUUUUGGAGAAAACUUAGUAUUUCUGAUACGAAGCCUGAAAAAAAAGGCGAUAUUUGUUGCGACGAUGACGUUGAAAAGUAUAAAGAAAAUUCAACAAGCAGUCAGAAGCAGGAAAAAAAAUUAUUUGAAAAAACUAAAAGAGAUAUACGAUCCGCGCACAAUUGA